GGCGCGCGGCAGGGCCGCCAUGGCCGGCGCGGAGCUGGAGCGGCUGUGCCGGGAGCUGAACCUGGACGCGGGCAGCGCCGGCACCGCGCUGCGCGACUUCACGGCGCUGCGGGGCACCUACAGCCUCGAGGGCGAGGCGCUGCACUGGCUGGCCUGCGCGCUCUACGUGGCCUGCCGCAAGAGCCUGGUGCCCACCGUGGGGAGCGGCCUGAUGGAGGGCAACGGCGUCUCGCUGACCCGGAUCCUGCGCUCCGCCCGCCUCAGUUUGAUUCAGUUUUUUAGCAAAAUGAAGAAGUGGAUGGACAUGUCAAACCUGCCCCAGGAGUUCCGAGAGCGAGUGGAGAGGCUGGAGAGAAACUUUGAAGUGUCAACCGUGAUUUUCAAGAAGUUUGAGCCGAUAUUUCUGGAUGUUUUUCAAAACCCCUACGAGGAAACUUCCAAACCACAGCGCAGCAGGAAGCAGAGGCGGGUGCCAUGCAGCGCUAAAGAUCUCUUCAGCUUCUGCUGGACUCUCUUUGUGUACACGAAGGGUAAUUUCCGUAUGAUUGGAGAUGAUUUAGUAAAUUCCUAUCAUUUGCUUCUGUGCUGCUUGGACCUGAUUUUUGCAAAUGCCCUUUUGUGUCCAAACAGAAGAGAGUUGCUAAAUCCAUCGUUUAAAGGCUUGCCAGCUGACUUCCACACAACAGAGAUCAAAGCCUCUGAAGAUCCCCCUUGCAUCAUUCCCACACUGUGUGAGCUUCACGAUGGCCUCCUGGUAGAGGCAAAAGGAAUAAAGGAACACUACUUCAAGCCAUACAUUGCCAAACUGUUUGAUAGGAAGAUCUUGAAAGGAGAAUGUCUGCUGGACCUCUGCAACUUUACAGAGAACAACAAAGCACUGAAUAAGGAGUAUGAAGAGUAUGUUCUGACCGUGGGUGACUUUGAUGAGAGAGUUUUCCUGGGAGCUGAUGCUGAAGAGGAAAUCGGCACCCCCCGGAAGCUUCCUGCUGACAUGCCAGGAGGGAAAACAGCAGCAAGAGCUCAAGUGGAGUGUCACCUUCAGCAGCACUUUGAAAAGAAAAGGUCCUUUGCACCUUCAACUCCUCUGACAGGCAGACGGUACCUCCGGGAGAAGGAAGCCGUCAUCACUCCCGUGGCCUCGGCCACGCAGAGCGUGAGCCGCCUGCAGAGCAUGGUGGCUGGGCUCAAAAACGCCCCCAGCGAGCAGCUCCUCACUAUUUUGGAGUCUUGUGCUCGCAGCCCUCUGGAAAGCAUUACGAGCAGAGUGAGAGAAAUAGGCGAGACCUUCUGUCGCAGCUACACUCAGCCAACAGAUGAACAGCCAGGAUCUCACAUAGAUUUUGCUGUGAACAGACUAAAACUGGCAGAGAUCUUGUACUAUAAAAUCUUGGAGACUAUAAUGGUGCAAGAGACACGGAGGCUGCAUGGGAAGGAUCUGACUGCUCUCCUGGAACAGGAUGUCUUCCACCGCUCGCUCCUGGCCUGCUGCUUGGAGAUCGUGCUCUUCGCAUACAGCUCCCCUCGAACCUUCCCCUGGAUCAUCGAGGUGCUUGACCUCAGGCCAUUCUAUUUCUAUAAGGUGAUUGAGGUGCUGAUCCGCUCUGAGGAAGGGCUCUCCAGGGACAUGGUGAAGCACCUCAACAGCAUCGAGGAGCAAAUUCUGGAGAGCCUGGCGUGGACGCGGAACUCAGCGCUCUGGAGCGCCCUCCAGGCCUCCGACAACAAGGUCCCCACCUGUGAGGAGGUAAUAUUUCCCAGUAAUUUUGAAGCCAGCACUGGAGGAGGUGGGCUUGGGCACUUGCCCAUGAUGCCAAUAUCCCCUAUCAUUCAUCCUCGAGUCAAAGAGGUUCGGACAGACCUUGGUGGGAGUUUAAGACGAGACAUGCAGCCGUUGUCACCCAUCUCUGUCCACGAGCGCUACAGCUCUCCCACAGCUGGCAGUGCCAAGAGGAGGCUCUUUGGAGAUGACAGCCCAAAAAAAACACAGAUGGAGCAAAUGUUAACUGAAGGAACUAAGCUGACAAUUGCUCCAGCAUCAAGCAUUGCUGCUGAAAACACAUCAGCUUCUGCUGGCCACACAGUGCUGACCAUGACCACAGCCACAGCGCCGGGCAGGAUGGGGCAGAAGGUCACAAUCCCACUGCACGGUGUUGCAAAUGAAAUGGGGGAGAUCAUGUUGAUCCCCAUUUCGAUGAAUUUAGGUCAGCCGUGUAAAACAGAGGCUCAGGCUUCCUGCCACGCUCAGGUGAAUCAAGCACAAGAAGCACAUCUGUCCUCAAGCAAACCAAAGAAGACAGGAUCCUUGGCACUCUUCUACAGAAAGGUUUAUCAUCUGGCGAGCGUGCGCUUGCGCGACCUGUGCUUAAAGCUGGACGUUUCCAAUGACUUGCGCAGGAAGAUCUGGACAUGCUUUGAGUUCACCUUGGUUCAUUGUGCUGAUCUGAUGAAGGACAGGCAUUUGGACCAGCUCCUCCUCUGUGCCUUUUAUAUCAUGGCAAAGGUAACCAAAGAGGAAAGAACUUUUCAGGACAUAAUGAAGAGCUACAGAAAUCAGCCACAAGCAAACAGCCACGUUUAUAGAAGUGUCUUGCUGAGAAAUACUUCUGCUGAUGUCCUGUCAGACAAAACCACAAACCAGGACGGGGAGAUGAUGGAAGACUCGUCUGGGAGAACUGGCAGAUCCUCAGGACAACCCACAGCAGAGAGCUCCAGUGAGUCAGGAACGGAGGAGAGGGGAGACCUCAUUAAAUUCUACAACGCAGUGUAUGUAGGAAGAGUGAAAUCCUUUGUGCUGAAGUACGAUAUCACAAACCAGGAUCAUGUAGUGGAAGCCCCUCCACUGUCCCCCUUCCCCAGCAUUAAGCAGCAGCCCGUGUCGCCCAGGCGCAUCUCUCAGCAACACUCCGUUUACGUCUCGCCUCACAAGAACGGUGCCUGCCUGACCCCCAGGACAGCCCUGCUCUACAAGUUCAGUGGGAGCCCUUCCAAGAGUUUGAAGGACAUCAACAACAUGAUAAAACAAGGUGAACACAGGAGUAAGAAGCGAGUGAUUGCAAUUGACGGUGACACCGAGUCCCCUGCAAAGCGACUCUGCCAGGAAAAUGAUGAUGUUCUACUGAAACGUCUCCAGGAUGUUGUCAGUGAAAGAGCAAAUCACUAAAACUGCCCCUUUCCUGUGGGACCUGGAAGCCACGGGCUCCAGUCCUGCCGCUGCACUCUUUAUCUCUUGCUUUUGUGUGCAGACAGCUGCCAAGUUGCCUUAACGUUGAACCCAACUUCCACGGGAUGCAAAAAGCAAGGGGCAAGUAGCAACUGCCAGAGAGUGAGAGGUGGGGAUGUUCUUCGUUCCCUGUGCGAUAAGUUACGCUGGCUGAGCUGUUUUAGUGAGAGAGGCGUGUAGAAAGCCAUGUGGGAUGUUCUCAAGCCUACUGUAGAGCAUCGUUGGGUUCUGAGUGUAACUCAGCUUCUAGUAAUACCGGUUGUACUGCUGGGGUAAGGAAGUGGGUGAAGUCUGUUCAGUUUCUUCAGCCUUUUGGUACUUGGGGAAGAAACUUUAAAAGUGCCUUAUUUUAAAAGAAUGGGGGAUUUUUACAUUGUUUUACUGUGGAGGAACCGGAGUGGAGAAGUGUAGCCUCAGGAAGAGCUGAGUAGUUUUGAACUGGAUGAUUUGUGCCACAUUCCAUCUCUGAUCAGAGCUUCAGCAGCCUUACAUUGCACUGCAGGGCAGCGUUGGCAGGAACCACAAAAUACAAGUAGCAGUGGCUCAAACUGCACAGCAGCAUCUGGACCAGCACUGGGAUGCGGGUCAGGGAGUGAGCUGCCCCCCUGGAGACAGUGAAUGCUACCAGGGGAGCUGCUGCUCCUCUGUGGGAGCCCUGGCAGCAGCCCCUGUACUGCGACAUUGGACUGGUUGCAGCUGAAACCCAGCUGGGACUUCGGCCCUCUGACAGCUCCUCAAAUGCUCAGACUCAUUUAACAAACUCUUAGCUCUUAGUCUUAUUUUUUUCCUGAAGAUCUUGGCCUCUUGUGUAGUAUCUACACUGAAUGUAAGCCCAGCAGAUAAGGCAUGUUUGUAUAUACAGGGUUUUAUAGCUGUUGAAGGCUGGAAGUGUGUAAAGUCCAGCACCCAGCUCAUGUAACUGAGUUUUUAACACUGAGAGAUUGGUAGGUUUUAUUUUACCAAAAGGGAGGAAAGUCAAGGUUUAUUCAUUCCUGUAAAUCAGUAGCUUGAUCUUAGCCCAUAAUUGCAUUUGAGAUUAGAGCUGUGCAGAAGCUUCUCAACACUGUUUUUCGGUUUGUGUGUCUAUUGAACUGGAAGAACAAACCCCUGAACGAUGACAUAGGAUGUGUUCAAGGAGCUCUGUUCACUUCAUUUGGCUCGAUUAGUAUGUGCUGCACCAGGGUCGCAGGGAAGGACAGGACACUGACAGGACCUGCAGCAGUCUCAGCUCACAACCCUGGCCAGCAAUGAUGGAGGAAGAAUGCAUUCAGAAGGUCCAUGUGCAGGGACCCUACUCAGCAGGGAGCAGAAAGUUUACCAACUGUACUUUGGGUUUGAGUCACUAACUGCUUAAAGCAUGGAUUUGGUUUUAACUUCCCAGAAAAGAAACUCUUUGUGCUCCUUUCUGAAAGGUUUGGCCGUAGGGGGGUGCAGGGGAGGAAAUGGCCGUGUGCUGACUCUUCCCUUCAGUUCCUUUCAUUUCAGUCGAUUGUUAGUAUUUGCCUUUGGAUCUUGAGAUAAAAAGUGCAAGAGACACGACCUUUGUGCCUUAAUGUGCUCGUUGGUGCUGUUCCCUCCGUGGGCGCUCAGUGUGUGUGCUGGGGACCCCAAAGCCCUCCCCGUGCUGGGGGGUGGGAAUGGUGACCUGCUCCAUUGCCUGGAGGCCAGCAGCCUUUGGGGAUGGGAGGAGCUACCUUACAGCCUGAGGCUUUCAGCAGAUGUAUGACAGGAAUUUAGCUGAUUUUUUACUCAGCAUCUCUGCAGAUCCCUCCCCACACUGUGGCUGACAGCAGGGAGCUGAUGGUGAGUUUUCAUUAGGAAAGUGAAGGUGCCACCACUGGAUGCAGUUCACAGGUUUUUUUCCACCUUUUCAGGUGGUGAUAGAAAAGAAUGCUUUUGGAUUUGUUGAAGAGCUAAAACAAGAGCAAAAUGCUUAACAGUCUCACAGUCAGUGCCUUCCUGUGUAAAAAUUAAACAUGUCCAAGGAUUUUAACCUGGGCUGCUCUGA